AUGUAUCGUGUUUAUCAAAUUAUUGUCGUUUUGUUAUAUGGAUCGUAUGUGUUCGCUAAAAAUUCAAGUUGCACGUUGAAUCGGGGUGGUCGUCUAAAAGCCUACUUACUAAAAUAUUGCCCGGUCACCGAAGAAGAGGAAUGUGUAGAUGAUACUCUGGACAAUUUGUCAGCAAUUCGCUAUCGAUGUUUUAAUUUUGAGGCUUCAACGAAUAAUUCAAAUAUGACGGUUCACUUACUGCAUGCUACCGAGAUGAUGGCCUUAUUACGACUGAAAGAAACGGAGGCAAAACGAAAGUCUUCAUGCAUCCUUAGUUUGUUCUACGCACCAGAGUGUCAAUUUUCUGCCAGACUCGCUCCAUAUUUCAAUGCUCUUCCGUAUCGAUUUCCACGGUUAACGGUUGUAGCGAUCGAUGCCACGGAUUUUAGCAAAUUCAAUUCACGGUAUGGAAUUACGGGAACUCCAACCGUGAUAUUAUGGGUCAAUGGAAUGGCCGUGGCUAGGAUGGAUGAUCGACCGUUAAAUUCCAAAGGUCUCGACGGGUUUAUUAAACAUUGGACAGAUUUGGAGCCACGAGCGCUACCUUCUGAACCAAUAACGCCUGGUCCUUUGUUGCUGGAAGUCGAUCCAAGUGUCAAUUUUAAAUACGUUGUUUUAUCAUGGAUUAUACUUUUUUCAGGUUCCGCAUAUUACUAUUUCAAUUCCGCUUUUGGACAAAGACUAAAUAACAAUCUUCAGCGCGGCCACUUCACUCCCACAAUCACAAAGAACUUCUUAUGCUCCGUUAAAGAGUCAAAUCAAAACAAUAUUGUGUGCUUUCGGAUUUUGCCAAAUGACGCUAUGACAAAUAGAGAAUCAACGCUGCCAUAUGAACGCAUGGUCGAUCCAGAAGAACCACAGCCGUCAGAAGAAAUUUCUCCUGCUGAGUUACCACAUAACAACUGGGGAAACAAUAGUCAAAUACAAGAGCAGAAGCGUCCUCUACAACUCGGCGCAAUCCAUGUGGGUACGGAGGAGCGACGUCGUCUGGCAGUCAAACGGAUGAGGAGAGUAUCGAUGAUGGGAAUGGUUAGU